GAUGAAAUAGUGACAAACGCCUUCUUUGGAAGGAAAGAAGCAGUGUUUUUGGUUUGGUUUCCAAGUUCGGUUUUUCCUGCGUUUCACCCCCAAAUCCCAGGAGAUUUUCCUGCAAAAUUAAAGAUCUCAUUGCUGCAAAAUGACUGAUCCAGGAUUUCCUGCCCAACACACGACGGCCACGAUGACCACAACGGAGACUCACGUGAGCCCACAAGUCCGAUACGAUCCCACGUACGUUCGCACCGUGCCUGGGAUUUUGAAGAUCGUUUGCAUCAUCCUCAACCUCAUCGGUUUCAUCUGCAUCGAGGUUUCCGCCUUCAGUUACCACUCCCGUGGCAGCUUCUUCAACUCUGUAGCCAUGACGGGUUUCUGGUUUACGGGAAUCAUGCUCCUGCUUUAUAUUUUCCAUGUGCUGGAGAAGUUCUGGAGGCUUCCCUGGCUCCACAUUGAGUUGGUCUUUUGCGCCAUUUGGACACUUCUCUACGCUCUGGCAGCGGGUCUCGCCGCAGCAAUGGGCCUCGAAGCAUACACAGCAGCUGCAUUCUUUGGAUUCUGUGCCAUGGUGGCGUAUGGCUAUGAUGCUUUUCUCAAGUACAAAGCCAUACAGACGGGACAAAUUGCCCAGGGAACUCGCCAGCAGACAACCGUCCAGCAAACUGUCACAGCCUAAAUUACCCACUUUACUUAGAAAUGCCAUGGAUCGCGAUCAGAGUGCAUUGUUGUCUCGCAGAUUUCUUCUCAUUCACAAUCUCGCUUCUGGCAUGGAGUGAUUUUGGGAAUCGUUUCUUUAAGGCAUUUUUUAAAUAGUAUUUCCUAUACGACUGCUUCUACUUCAUUGUCUUUGCAUUUUCUUUGAUAUGAGACAGGUGUAAUAUUUGUCUGUGUAAGAUGUAAUUUAAAUAAUUUUUUAUUACGCGGAAAUUGAAAGUUUUUAUAUCGAGAAAUUACUUAACAAAUAUAAAAGAAAAUCAGUAAUUUAUGUUGCAGAAAGUUUGUUGCAAUUGUUGAAAUUUACGAUAUUGUUAAAUAUUAACACGAAUCAAGUUGAAGAGGAAAACCUUUUGUACCUUUUUUGAGAUAGUUAUUUGAUAUAACUGUUUUUUCAAAAGUAAUAACAGCACUUAAAUUUUCACAGGUGUUUUAUUAACUAUACGCAGUUUUUAUUGUAAUUUUAUACGUAUUAGUUCUAUACAGUGCUCUUUUUGAUAAUAUUUAAAUUUUGGACGUCUUUGUGCAUUUCUGACGCGAUCUUCGAUACUCCCGAAAUAUAUUUUAUAUUCACAUAUUUUCUUAAUCACUGUUAAACGAAUGUUGAAUCUCACCGCGUGAGAUUAUCAUGAACGAGUAUCAAGAGAAAUUUUUAUAAUCAUUUUUGUAUCUCUAUGUCUCUCUGGGAAGAAACUGUUGUACUUUGUCUACAUGUUUUUAGUGUUCACGGACCAAAAUAUAGAGAGAAAUAUUUGGAGAUAAGAGAAAUAACCAAGAACAAUCAGUGGAAAGUGAAACUUAAUUGUUGCACCUCACGAAAUGUUAACAUAAGUCGUAAAAUGUAUAUUUUAUUGUAAUUUUAAAUGAAUAUUU